AUGCUGGUUGAACCUGAUAAUACGGGAAGAAGGAGAGGAAGGCCAGCUCUUGGAUACGAGCUUGAAUUGGGAGGAGAGGCUUGGCUGUGGGCUCUUAUUGGAGAAUCACUUCCUGUCACCAAGAGGACAGGUGAUGAAGUCUUUUCUGGUUUAACAUGUAAGCAAGGAGAGAUUGAAGCUGUAGUGAUAGCAACUGGAGUUCACUCUUUCUUUGGAAAAGCUGCACAUCUAGUUGAUUCCACUGAAAGUAUUAGUCAUUUCCAGAAGGUUCUUACUGCCAUUGGGAAUUUCUGCAUUUGUUCUAUAGUUGUGGGGAUGAUUCUAGAAAUCAUUGUCAUGUACCCCAUACAGCUCCGUUCAUACAGAGAUGGAAUCAAUAACCUUCUUGUUCUAUUGAUUGAAGGAAUACCUAUAGCUAUGCCAACAGUAUUAUCUGUCACACUCGCAAUUGGUUCUUAUCGACUCUCUCAACAGGGCGCCAAUACGAAAAGGAUGGCAGCAAUUGAAGAAAUGGCUGGAAUGGAUGUCCUCCGUAGUGAUAAAACUAGAACUCUUACCCUGAAUCGCAUCACUAUCGAUCAAAACCUUAUUGAGGUUUUUAACAAAGAUAUGGACAAAGACAUGAUUGUCCAGCUUUCUGCCAGAGCAUCAAGAUUGGAGAAUCAGGAUGCCAUUGAUAUAGCCAUUGUUAACAUGCUUGCUGAUCCAAAGGAGGCACGUGCAAACAUCACAGAAGUGCAUUUCUUCAAUCCAGUGGACAAAUGCACUGCAAUUACGUACAUUGAUUCUGAUGGCAACUGGUAUCGGGCCAGCAAAGGAUCUUCUGAACAGGAAAUGUUCAUUAAAGUCCUUGUAGAUCAUGAUCAGGGACCGUGA